CGCGUCUCACUUGCAUCCGUCCUUCCUCCCUCCCCCUCUCCUCCAUAGUUCCAUGGCAUGCAUGCCCAGCUGCCCACGGCGCUGAGCGCGACCUAGCUUCCCCCAAUCUCGUGUCCAUAGGCUGGUCUCUUCUUGUUCUUGGCUUCACCGGGUAGUGGUAUGGUGUGAGGCUGGGUCUCUAGCUGGUGGCUAAGCGGAAGCUCGAUCCUAUGGCGCUGGAAGCCGUGGUGUUCCCGCAUGAGCACCUCGCGUGCAGCACGGACAAGGUGGCCGCGGCGAUGUCCAUGUACGCGCCGUCGCUGGGCCGCGGCAUCAGCAUUGUUGACGAGUUCGAGGAGAAGGGCGGCGUGGUGCUCCAAGAAGAGGCGGCCAACUACGCCUGGGCCGCGGCCGUCGAGGGGAACUGGGACGAGAAUCACUGCCGGCCCGUGUCGCCGCCGGCUGCCGUCGCCCCGACUACGCCCGCGGCGUCCGGCCGCGGCAAGGCCUCGUCGUCCGCGGCCGCGCGGAGGCGGCGGCGGCGCCCCAAGGCGGUGAAGAACAGGGAGGAGACGGAGAGCCAGCGGCGCAACCACAUCGCCGUGGAGCGCAACCGGCGGCGCCAGAUGAACGACUACCUGGCCGUGCUCCGGUCCUCCAUGCCGCCCUCCUACGCGCAGCGGGGUGACCAGGCGUCGAUCGUGGCCGGGGCGAUCAACUUCGUCAAGGAGCUGGAGCAGCUACUGCAGUCGCUUGAGGCCCAGAAGCGGCGGCGCGCGCAGCUGGCGUCGACGCCGCCGUUCGCCGGGUUCUUCACGUUCCCUCAGUACUCCGUGGGCGCGGGCGCGGGCGCUGCCGACGGCUCCGGGGCGCGGCGGGGCGUGGCCGACGUGGAGGUGGCCGUGGCGGAGAGCCACGCGAGUGUGAAGGUGCUGGCGCCGCGGCGGCCGAGGCAGCUGGUGAGGAUGGUGGUGGCGAUGCAGUGCCUCGGGCUCACCGUGCUCCACCUCAACGCCACCGCCACCGCCGACCACCUGGUCUUCUACUCCUUCAGCCUCAGGAUGGAGGACGAGUGCCGGCUGUCAACGGUGGACGAGAUCGCGGCGGCGGUGCACCAGAUGGUCGCCGAGGUGCACGCCGGAGGACCGUGCUAGGUAGCUGGUUGAGCUGGAAACGGAAGCGUGUCUGUAACAUUAGUCCGAUCCUAUCCUGGUAGUAGUUGCGUGCAUGGGUAACUCCGGCCGGCGGCACGCGCCAUUGUCAUUGUUUGCGUGUAAGCUAGUAGCAAGCAAUAUGUAGCGAUGUUUUCUGCCUUUCUGGCGCCAAUUA